AUGGAGGACCGAAAACGGCCCAUUGCCGACGACGCUGCUCCUCCCGCUAAGAGGCAAGCCGUGACCGUCAACGGUGCUCGCUCCCACCCAGACGCUGACUUGCCGUGGAAAGAUGACAUCGAGGUUCGCCCCCCGAUCACCUCCCGCCCUCCUCCCACGCCCACGGCGCACACACCCGCUGACCACUCGAAUCUACAGUCGUUCCAGAAAGAUGCCAUUCUGCGCCAGAUGCGCGAGUUCAAGCGCGAGAAGGCUACCGUCGAGUCACAACUGAACGAGCUGGAGGGCCGCUCCAAGUACCACGACGACCACCUCCGCACAAUCGACGCUUGGUUUGAUCAGCUUAUCGAUGAAAUCAAACUCCUGGGCGCCGAGAAACUACCUGCAUCAUCAGGCGAUUCCGAUGCCUCGCAGUCGGUACCCGCUGCGCUUCUGUGCGAGGACACCCAGACGUUCAAGAAACACCUCUCGGACCGCAAAGAGAAGAUCCUUGCAUCCCUUUCCGACCUGUUCGCGAGAUACCCUGCAAGCAGUCCUGAGGUUGCGAAACUCCAACAGAAGCUGUCAGAACUCUUGGUCACGGAGAAGGAUCACGUUGUGCGAUUGCAACGCGUCACUACCGAGAAAGAACAACUAUCUGACCGGUUGGACACGGCUACUCAUCGCUACCUGGUCGCUGAGAAGAAGCUCGAUCGCUUGAAGAGCGCCCAAGUUCAGAAACUUGAGCAGCAGGCGCACGGCACAAGCGCGCCUGCAAAGGAGGAGGCUCCAUCUACCAGUAACGGAACAGAAGCCGUCAAUGGCACCUCACCCGGACCGAUCAGUGAAGAGUUGGAAACUGCAAAAAACCAGGCCAUAGCCGAGGCAGCCAAAAGGAAAGAGCAGCUUGAGCAGAUCGAGCAGGAAAACAAGAAGCUCACUGAGGAAGUCUCAGCAUUGAAGGUCAAGCUUACCGGGCUGUCGGAUGAUGAUUAUGCAAAGACCGAUCUCUUCAAAGCUAUCAAGAACCAGCACGAAGACGUGAUCAAGCGAAUCAACAAUCUCGAAGCCACCAACAUUUCCUUGCGGGAAGAAGCGCAAAAGUUUCAAGCAGAGCGAACAGCCUACAGGAUCAAGGUGGACGAUGAGGUGCGCGCUAGUUUGGCAGACAGUGCAAGCCACGUUUCGCAAGCGGAAGCGAACUGUGCUCGCAUUCGAAAUGCCCGUGACGAACUAGCCACCAAGAAUAACCUCUUGGAAGCCAGCCACAAGGAUUCCAAGGAUUCUAUCGAGCAGGCGAAACAGCUUGCGAGCGCAUGCGACAGCCGCAUUGCUGCACUCGAAUCGGAAUGCGAGCGACUGCGACUCCAGAUUGCGGAGCAGCAGAGCUCAGGAGACCAAGUAAUGUCUGGCUUAGACGACUUGACACCGGAGCAGCUGCGCAGCAAGAUCUCUAAGCUUGAGAGCCAAUGCAAGAUUCUGGGCAACGAACUCCCGUCCAUGGAGUCGGCAUGGAAAAAGGCGCAGGCCAUCGCGAGCAAGAAGAUUACCGAGAUUGCUGCGUGGGAAGAGAACAUUGCCAAGGCACAUGCGGACAAGGCCAAAGCGGAUCAAAAGUUCUUCGCAGCCAUGAAGACCAAAGGAGAACUCGAACAACAAAUCCGCAUCCUCCGUGCCCAGGCUACCAAAGCCACGGAAGUAGUGGCGCAAUUGAAAGAGGCAGAUUCCUUGAGCCGGUCACUGGUCGACAAGCUGGAGAAGCAAUGUGCGGAAAUGCGAUCGCAAAUGGACGAUCUUUCUACCCAGCACCGCCAGCUGCAACAAAAGGUCAGCGAGAAUGCCAUCACUUCCGAGGGUCAUGUCAGCCAGAUAGCGGAGCUCAAGAAGGUCGUCGAGGCCAAGGACGCGACAUGUCUCGCGGCAAAGCACGCCCAACGCGAAUCGGAAACCGAGCGAGACAAGCUUGCUGCACAAGUGACUGGACUGGAGAAGCAAGUGCAAAUCUACAAGAAAAAGAGCACGGCCAACCAGAGCUCUGAAGUGUCGACGAUGGAGCUGUUGAUCCAGUGUCAGAUCUGCAAGAGCAAGCUCAAGAACACGGUCAUCAAGACUUGUGGGCACAUGUUCUGCGACCAGUGCGUGCAAGAUCGACUCACCAACCGCGCGAGGAAGUGCCCGAAUUGCGGCAAGGCCUUUGGCAGCAACGAUACCAUGCGCGUCCAUUUGUGA